AUGCCUAGUCCUACAUCUGGUAUCACAAUAGACAUACAAAAGAAUACUGGACAAGGAGCUGGAUCUACUACAUAUGGAGGUACUAAUAACCAAGAUGUUAGGCUGGAAAGAGGAGAAAAUCCUCCUGGUUCUGGCUUCUGGAAGUUUAAGCAUACUUCAGCUACAGGAGCACCUUUUCAGGUUCAGGAGGUUAAGUUUGGAGCUACUCCAGUUCCAGAUAUUGGAACAGGGGAUGGUAAAAACGUUUCUCAUCUUGUAGUCUGGUACUGGAGAGAAACACUUGAAACUAUGACAAACCCUCUCCUAGUAGAGGUAUUUAGGAAUGGAAGUUACACUUACAACUACAACAAGGGAGGUGGAACAAGCUGGACUUCACUUCCUUUAAGACCAAAGCCUCUAACUAUUCAACUCACCGGUAAAACUCUUGAGAUUCAACUUGACAAUCUUAAUUGCUAUCUCAAUCAGGCAAUUACCUUGAAUCUAUCACAUCAAAAUUCUCAUACUCAUAAAAAUGGAAGCUACUGUUGCUAUUACCAUACUCCUAAUAGUGGAAAGAGGGUAUCCGUUACUCUUAGGACAGUUCGUUGUAGACAAAAUCAUCAAAGUGCCGACUGCUACAAACACACCGUUAAUACUGGCGAAUGGAGGGUAGCCGCUAUCAAGUACGAUCCUACUCGUGGUAUAACUAGGAAUAGAAUAACUUUAGAUGGACAAAUAUCUCCUCCACACGUAAAAUCUGUCUAUACAUUCUACUGUAACAAGAAUCCGGUGUUAAUUUACGUUGAAGGUGGAGACAAAGUCAAAGGCUGGUACAAGAAGCCUACCACUACUGGUAAUGGUAAUACAGAUGAGCAGUGGACAAAAGUAAGAAAUCUGGAUGGUAUAACACCUGAUAGUGCCGGUGAAAACUGUACCAACUGGACUGCACUCAAAGAUGCACUAAGAGAGGUCAAUUGUAACAGCUAUUCAACAUGUCCUCAACAACAACCGCCUCCUCCACCGCCUCCUCUACCUGGCGGUGCUGGUCCUGCUGCUUCUGGACCUGGUGGAAAAGAUAGUGAUAGAGACGCUACAGGUAAUAAAUGUGAUAGUAUAACUGGAGCAUGCACUGAUAAAGAACUAUUGGAAUGUGUUGCGGGAGAUCUAGCUUCUGUAAUAGUAAAAUCAGCCGAACUUGGCGCUGUUGGAUCAGUUGUAGCUGGCGCGCUUAGUGCCGCAGGAGUAGGUACAGCUCUUCAACUGGCUAAAGAUAUUUUUGCCUCUGAUGGUAAUCCUGAAUCUGUUCCUGGUGAAGGUGCUCUAUCUCAAGUUACUCGGAAUUAUAAUGAUAAUCAUGAUGUUCAAGAAGAUGCUCAACUCAGUGGUGAAGCUCCUACACCAGCUGCUCUUGAAGUAAACCCUAAAGAAGCUGGACAGAAUGGAGUUCAACGUGAAGAAGUCCCAGCAGCUGACUUAACUGACCAAGUUCCUGAUACAGAGUCUGAGACUAAGAUUCUUCUACAAGGUACUCCUGUGGCUCAAAUUGCUGAAGAUGCCAAAGAUGGUGAAAGACUAAAAGAACAUCUUUCUGCUCAUCGCUCUGCUUCUCUUGGUCCUUCUGGACCUCAAGGAACGGGUGGUGAUGAAGCUGGUACUACUGCUAAUCUUCAAGCUGCUGGAGCUGAUAUUACUCUCGCUGCUUCUACUACUACUGCUACUGCUGUUUCUGAACAUACUCCUGAACCUCUUCAAGGAACUGACGAAUCCGUAACGGUGUGGAAGUGCAGAUCAGGUGAACCAAAGCUAAGGCUGGAGUACAAGUCUGAGGAACACGCUGAUUCAUUCGUAACAUCUUUUUACUGCAGUAGAAGCUUUGUGUAUGUUGGUUACUCUAACGGAACUGUUAGAAGAUUUACGCUUCCUGAUCAACUGGAUCACCAUGGAUUAAAAAUCGUUAAUGAGGAUUUUUAUCUCCACGGUCAUAAAUCAGCUGUCGUCUGUUUUGCGGUAGAACCAUCGCUUGCAAUCUGGGUUACCGGAUCGCAGGACUGUGAUAUUGUUGUUUGGGCGGAUGAUACUGGAAAGUUUAGAUUAGAAGGUCAUAGAAAUGAGGUUACAGCUCUUGAGUUUGUAAAAUUCUCAAAUGAGACGUUUUUAGUUAGUACCUCUAAGGAUUGUAUUAUUAAAAUAUGGGAUUUAACAUCACAGGUCUGUAUUCAAAGUAUAGUAGAUUCAACUGGUGAAUUGUAUGCAUUGGGAAUCGGACAUUCUCGCAUGUACGUUGGAGGCUCCGAAAAUAGGAUACGCUGUUAUAAGCUGGACAUGUCUGGAAAAGACCUUGAUACGGAAUAUAAUGUCCCAGUUUAUGCUCGUGAAAUGUCCCCGAUAAACAGACAGGAGGGACGUGGCAUCUGCAGAUUUCUCAACGUUCAAACUGUAAAUGAUGCUCGUUCCACUAAGUCUACGUACCUCUAUUCCGUAUCUUACAAGUUUGUAGAAGUAUACAAAAUUUGUGAUGAAAAGGAGGGUAUUAAGAGAAGAGAUAGGAGAUUAAAAAGGGUUUUAGAAAAGAAAAAGGCCAAGAGAAACAAACUUAGAGAAGCUCUAAAGGCUGCUGGAAUGGCCAUUACAACAAAUUUUGCAAAUAUCGAUGAGGAGAUUCAGGCUCUAGAAAGUACGCUUAGAGGAGGGGCUGCAAUUCAAAAUACAAAAGAUGUAGUAAUGGAGGAACCAGAUUCAACAAUGGAGAGUAAUGAAGCCUCCGUUGACACCUCAGAUGAAAUUCUGUUUCUUUAUUCUGUAAAUCUUGUGGAACAUAUAUCCUCAUUUAACGUUUUCCCUGGCGGAUUUAUAGCUGGUCAUUCGAGUAACAUUUUUGGUACAUGGAAGUUGCAGGCUGAAGAAGCUGUAUCUGAUUUUCAGUGUUCAUUUGGACAUUCUGGACAAAUUACUCAUUUGAGCGUUUCUCAUGAUGAUACAAUGAUCAUGUCUGUUGCUGCAGAUGGGUUGAGGAUUUGGAAUUCGUACACACAUCACUGUGUGAAGGUUUUACCGUUUUCGUCGGGAAAUUCUGCUUUGUUCUUAGCUGGCAAUCAGCAUGCACUUGUAGGUUCCUCAAAGGGCGUCUACGCCUUACACGUUGAUUCCUGUGAAAUGUAUUCACUAAACGAGGAUCAAGUACUCAAAAUGUGCCUACAUCCAAACUAUGCUACAAUCGCUGUAGCUUUGAAAAACUCGGUUGAGAUUUACAGGCUGAAGAUGCAGGAUAAAAAGAUUGUCCUUGAAGCCACAAAUAGAGUAGAUGUUCCAGAUGUUCCCACUGAUUUGCAUUAUUCUCCAAAUGGACAGUAUUUGGCUGUCUCCCUGCAAGAUUCUACAAUUCUGACAUUUUAUGCUGACUCUUUACGUCUAUUUCUCACUCUUUAUGGUCACAAGCUACCUGUUAAUUCAAUCGCAAUCUCCUCCGACUCCACUUUGUUGGCUUCAACUUCACUGGAUAAAACUGUAAAGAUUUGGGGGCUGGAUUUUGGUAACAUUCACAAGUCAUUCCUUGCACAUUCAAAACCUGCAAGCGGAUGUCAGUGGAUAAAUGAAACCCAUUAUCUAGUUACAAUUGGAUUGGAUUAUCUUGUUAAGAUAUGGGAUUGCGAUACUUUUGAACUCAUUACUCAGCUCAGGGGACACAACAGACCUGUUCGAUCGCUUUCAAUCAGUUCAGAUGCCCAUUUUUUCGCGGUGGCUGGAAAUGAUUCUACGAUUAGAUUUUGGGAAAGAACGGAUGAGCAGGUUUUCCUAUCUGAAGAACGAGAAAAGGAAUUAGAACAUCAGUUGGAGUCUGAAGCUCUUAGAGAAGACAUUCAUCAGACAAUUCCGAUAGAUGAAGAUAAUAUACAGAAAAAAGCAACAAAGAAAACAGUAGAGUCUGUUAAAACUACAGAGUAUCUAAUACAAACAAUAGACGAAGCUGAAGAAUAUCGCAAAGCUUUGGAAGAAUAUAAAAAGGAUGAUGAUCCUGGUGCAGUUCCCCCAAAACCUCCACUUGAGCUUUUUGGUAAAAGCCCUCAAGAACAUGUUUUGCAGGCUAUUCUAAGGAUGAAUUACGGUGUGGUUUACGAGGUUCUGAUUGCACUUCCAUUUCUAUAUGCGGAAAAACUCUUGUACUACAUUGUGGAAGCGCUGGAAUCUUAUGGAUCUAAAAUGCAACAUGGAGUUAAAAAUAUGCACUCGAUGGAACCUGCUUGCAGAGUUGCACUUAUCAUUAUUCAAAUAUUCUUCCGGCAAUUUUCAAUUUUAUCGCAACAUCGUUCACUAGUAGUUCGGCUACAAGCUCAAAUACCACAAAUUUUACAGUUUGAGAUGGUAAGUUUUGUUAUUGCAUUAGAUUCUUCUUGGAGCUCAAAGCGGUAG